CGAGUAUCGUAUCGUCUCCACUCACUAUGGCUCAGCAUACCCAUGAACAUGUCAUCUCCCUCACAGACAUACUAUCAGAGUCGCUCCUUACAUCAUCAUCCAUUCCCUACACCCUCGAUCUCAACACUCCCAGCGCUAGGACCUAUAUUGACCGCUUAGUCGGUCUCCCUCUCGACGCACUCGUCUUCGAACCUUCUUCCAUCUCUUCCCAAAGUCAUGCCAUCGAUUCCGAGCUCGUCAAUCUCUGCUUCAGAGAAUAUCCUACCUUUAUCUCCGUACACAAGUGCUCUGCUGCCGUACGUGUCGCCAUCGACGACUUUGAUCAAAGUCUAUCUCAACUACUCGACUCCGUCCCCGCUUUGGAACAGAGCUGUCGAGAGUUCUCAACAAUCACCAGUGGUAUACAGAAAGGUCGAGAGAAAGCUUCUCUUGUACAAGAGCAUCAAGACAAGCUGGUGGAUUUGCUGGAAAUCCCUCAGCUGAUGGAGACGUGCGUGAGGAACGGAUAUUAUCAGGAAGCUCUGGAGCUCGCGUCUCAUGUCCAAGAAAUGGGACGUCGACAUGAGAAUGUCUUGAUACAAGACGUUGCGAUGGAGGUAGACUCUAUGCUUCAACUUAUGCUUUCACAACUUCUAGCACUCCUCCGAGAGCCUGUCAAACUUCCUACUCUCGUCAAAACCAUCGGGUAUCUCCGUCGAUUGGACAAGUUGGACGAGGAUCAAUUAUGUCUCGUCUUUCUGAUCAGUCGACUGCAUAAUUUCAGAGCUCAGUUGGUUGGAAUCGAGAAAGAUCGUGACGAUCCAGUACGAUACGUUCGUAAAUAUGUCGACAUCUUCCGAGAACACGUGUACGAUAUCAUCUCCCAGUUUUCAGCGAUAUUCGUUCAACCUUCGGGUCGGCAUACAGGAAUGGAGCAGCUCAUUUCUUUCGCUCGUCUUUGCGUCAAUGAUCUAUCUCAGUUGAUCAAAAGCUACGUUCCACGUAUGUCAUCCGACUCGGCAUCCAUGUCCUCGAUCUUGAUUCAGCUGGGUUACUGCGCGUUGUCUUUCGCUCGCGUUGGAAUGGACUUCUCUUCCCUCGUCGGCGCUCCAUUUGAAGAAGUUGUCAUAUCCGUCUACACUCAGUCUAUAUCAUCAGCUUCAAUCACACUUUUCACCCUUCUCGACGACGCUCUCAAAUCUGCAAAACCUCCAGGAGAUAUCCUCAUCACUCCCGAUCACUUGACGAAUGUUCUCGUUCACCCCACUCGCCCGGUUGUCGAAGAUCCUCAAUCACCGCCACCUGUCUUUGCUCAUUUCCCUCCACUUGCUCAAUUCGUCAACGCCCAUCUUUCCGCUCUCAACGCCCUCCGACUGCUUGCACCUCUUGAUUGUCAUUCUUCCAUCUCACACGCCCAGUCGGCAGCUCUGACCGAAACGACGAAUCGUGUCCUUCAUUUCCUUCGACAAUCCAUCGCACAUGCCGAGAUUGAUACAGAUAGACCUCGUCAUGCACGUACACCUUCAUCUCCUCGCGCUCAUUUGCUCAGACGGAACACCGAGACACAGCUCACGUUGGAAGCCAGAGCGACGAAGAGAAGAGAAGCUGUAGCCGUUUGCUUGGCCUUUGCAGAAGCUUGGUCGGUGGCUGUCGAGUUUAUCUCGGCUGGUCUUCAGAAUGGUGUUUUCGCGGAAAUGGGGUCGAAGGAAGCAGGCGGAGAAGAGGCGUUACGAUUGAUUGAAGAAUGGAUUGAAAUCAAUCGACCUACCGAACCACGCUCGAACAUCAUCUCAGCGGUCGCCGAUGUUGAAGAACCUCCUAUACAGCUCGAAGAAGAGACUGUCGUUCCUCACACCCCUGAGCCAGUCAUCGACAGCCCGACAUCUGCUCCCCCCACACUCUCUGAAUCUCCUUCCCACGCACUGAACGGCAAUGAUGUAGUGCUUGAUCCAGACACCGGCGACCACGAGCAGAAUGGUGAUAUCGGCGAGGACAGAGAAGCGGACGGAGAAAGGACGGCAGAUGUCAAUGGGCGGUCGGAACAUAGAUAAGAUAUCAUCAAGCAUCAUAUAAUCACGUUUGCUACAAAUACAUUAAGAUAUCAUGCAUCUGUCCCGCCCCCGUUUG